AUGGGGUACUGCAUACGUUUCAAGCCACCCAGUGGUUGCUCUAUCCAUGGGCUGGGUGGGACUAUUGCUGCUGUGUGUGAGCGUGCUUCACAGACACAGAAGAAAGCCGGGAUCGCCAUGCAGGUGAUGAAGCAUGAAAAAGAAGCUGCUGUUCCUUGUAGCGAACUGGGUUCGACAAAAACAGCUACUGAGCACAAAGAGCAACCUGCAGAGGAAGUGGGAGAAGGAAAUCUGUACAGAAGUACUGGGGGACCUGAGGGGAGAAAUAGGAUUAAACUAUUUAAUUCUAUUGUGACGCAUGACGACGUUGCUAAAGAUUGUGAAAUAUAUCUGCACGUGUCUGAUAAUCCUUCAGCAAUGGAGGCGUCUGUGGACAGUGAGGACGUUUGUCGUGAUGCAGAGGAGGGAGAGAAGAUGCAACACACUUGCAAGAUGAGCACUUCAGAAUAUAAAUUAAGCGUUGCACCUGAAAUGUGCAUCCUGGAGUACAGCAGAAAAGAAUGGAAAGGAAAUACACCAGUAGCAAAAAGGAUGAGAAAGGGAUAUGAAGCAGUUGCACAGAAGUUUUCAUCAAUAAGGCAGAUACGAGGCGAUAACUACUGUGCUCUCCGAGCAACUCUGUUCCAGGCACUAAGUCAAGCUACUCAGUUACCGCGCUGGAUGCAGAGUGAGGAUUUUCCUGUGCUUCCUGAGAACUUGUUAAGCAAAUAUGACUGGAUCAAGCAGUGGCAGCUAAAACAGAAACCAAGCAGAAAGACGGGAGAAAUAAGUGAUGAAAUAAAAGAAUAUUUAUUGCUACUAAGGAAGAAGUGGAAGAGCAUAAGUGACAUCAAAUGUCCUGUUGAGAAACAAGAAGCUUGUGAUGCAUUGUUUACAAAUGAAGAGGAGGAGUACAGUCUGUACGAAGCUCUGAAAUUCUUGAUGCUUAACACCGCCAUUGAGUUAUACAACGAUGAGAAAAAUGGAAGGAGAGUUCCAAUCUUCUCAUGGCUACUGUUUGCUCGUGAUACAUCUAGCAACCCUCAUCAGUUAAUGCAUAAUCACCUGAAUCAAAUAGGUCACAGUGGAGGCCUUGAGCAGGUGGAAAUGUUUCUCCUUGCUUACACUCUGCAGUACACCAUCCAGGUGUACCGACUGUAUAAGUGUAGUACGGAUGAAUUCAUCACAUUUUAUCCCAGUGAUCCAGAGGAAGACUGGCCGGUAGUGACUCUCAUAACUGAAGAUGACAGACAUUAUAACGUUCCAGUCAGAACGCACUAAGAAAUGAUGCUAUAAAGGGGAUUUUGAACAGGCACACCUGUGCUUACGGAGGUUCCCAGCGCUGUUUUGAAACAGCAUGAUGAUGAAAUGGAUGUUAUUAAACUUGCAACAACUUGAAGUUCUUGUUCUAGAAGUUUGCAUCUGAACUCAAAUAUCAGGCAGGUUCUGUCUGCAGCAUAACACAAUAAAAGUGGCUUCUAUUACUAAUGUUUAAAAAAAAAAAAAAAAGUGGAUACUUUUGGAGAGGUACUUAUUAUUUAAAAGUUUUGCUAUGCUCGGAGCUUGUGUUAUUUUUCUAAACCUUAGUGUCUAAUUUAGAAGUCAGGCAUCUGUUACACUGAAAAUUAAGAGCUCUUCCCCUUUCAACCGCUGGAAAAGAUUAUGGUAGAAGGCAUUGGCAGUAAAGGAGUAUCAGCCUUGUUUGUUAGCAGGUCACAAAUUCAAAACCUACACAAAACCAACUUCAGUUGUAGUAGCUGAUAUGAGAUAACCAUGUGCACAUAAACUCCAUGUCUGUUAA